UAGCGUCAAAGACAAGCCGCCACCAUGCAGGCAGCAGUUCCCAUCCUUCUCCCUUCUCCUUCCAUGUUUCUCACAUCUUUUUUGUACUGACACUCGCAAUGGCAUGUAAGCACACCGUUCUGCAACUAAACUCCUCGCCCUUCGCAGAAUUAGCUGGAUAUGAACAGCCAGAUGCCGCAGCACGUGCAUCAGCAGAAACGACGUCUGGAAGAGCGCCGAAGAGUGUCAAGGAUCAUUCCAUCGGAACAUUUCCCGCUCCCCUAGUUCUACCUCACGACGAUCUCAACUAUGAUCCAGAUUCUUCACCGCAGAGUACGAAGGAAUGGCUGAACGAGGAGUGUAGAAACAAAGUAUUGUCGACGACAGGAAGGAAUAAGUUGUAUGUAGUCGAAGUGCCUGGGAUCAGCAAAAAGGCGGACUUUAUGAGGCACUGGGUAGUACCAACCGGUUGCGAUGAAUUGAAAGGCGAGGGUAAAGCCGGACCAUCUCCAUCUGCGGAUCACUUCGUCGACUAUCUCACCGCAUUUUAUCACGAUAUGCCUGUUCGCCUCUUCCCUACUGCAUUGACCUGGACAUCAUGGGGGUCCAAUACCAAGUCCGCCAAGGGUUGUCGAAGCGCCGCUCUGCCGAAGUACAUAGGUCUAUCACAUGGAGAUCGGUGUACCAGAAUCCGCGUCCGCCCUGCGCCGGACACUGCUUUCCCUGCUCAACUGAAUCUAGACGACAUCCUCGACACAGCAAUCUCAAUUCUCCCUGCUGACGCUUAUGCAAUGGUCAUUCUAGUUGACCACGACAUUUACGAGUCUGACGAUGACGACUUCUGCUGUGGCAGGGCGUAUGGAGGCAGUAGAGUGGCAGUUGUGCAGACUGCGCGAUAUAACCCGGCUUUAGACGAACGAGAAGGAGACGAGAUCGAUAGAAGCCACAUGUGGCCGUGGAGUCAUUGUAAGACCUUCGUCGAUGACUUGUGUGCUGUGGAGGAUGUGAAAGCCAAACCUGCAACGAAGAGACAGAAAGAGUCAAGCAAGAGUGGAGCGAUGAAAGCGGCUAUCCAGGCUGCGACAACCUAUAAGCCUACAUCAGAGGUGCAAGAAUACCAGGCACUUUGGUUCUCACGUCUCGCGCGUACAGUAUCACAUGAGUUAGGACAUUGUUUCGCGGUCGACCAUUGUGUAUACUAUGCAUGUAAUAUGCAGGGCACAGGUAGCAUGAAGGAAGAUGUAAGACAACCGCCAUAUCUAUGUCCAGUGUGCGAGGCAAAGGUAGCACACGCUAUUUCUGGAGAGAUGAAGGGUGGUCGCGAAGACGAGAAGAAAGAAUGGGUCAAGCAGAGGUGCCAGGCUUUGAGGCACUUCUGCGAGAGGUUGGGAGAUAAAGGCAUGGAUAGCUCGAUGUGGCAGGGCUUGGACGGGUGGUUGGAAAAGAGAUUGGAAAUAUGGAGGAUCAAAUAACACUUCAAUUCAACACAGGCUGCUCGAUCAUGUUUGUUACGUUACACUCGUUGAUGCAUACACGAGGUAGUAUCAAACUUCCAUAGUAACGACACUCCCGAGGUCAGAAGCAGAUAUUGAUCAUGGUACAUGUCAUUGCGUGCCGCUUCAGAUGACACUUACGACAGCUCACAGAGACGC